AUGUGGAAAAUAUUACGGUUUUUUGAAUUCAUCUAUCUACUCCGUGUGGAGCCAUACCUGUUUGCGUUGACAUUUGUAUAUACAAUGAAACGGGAAUUAACGGAACAGUUAGUGGCCGACAAGAUAUGCAGAUUUACGUACAAUUUAACGGCAACUUAUUGUCAACACUUGCAUACAAUGUUACCCAAUGACGACCCGUUGGACAUGAGACACAAGAUUAUGGCUGACAAAAAACAACUCAUGCUAUAUAAAACUGCCAUGAUCAUUGUGCCAUCACUAAUGGCCACUGUAAUAGUGGGUCACUGGACAGACACCUACAUUAAGGCCAAGAAGUGGCUGCUAAUGACCGGCGCUCUGGCCAUUGUCGCCGAGUGUCUUAUACUUAUCCUUAAUGACUAUUAUUUUGACUUAAACAAAACAUACAUACUAAUAGCAUACGUGCCUGGUAUAUUGUCAGGCGGAUUGUUUGCUGUGCUGACCGCUAUCUGGCCAUACAUCGCGGUGACAACUCCGACACAUUAUCUCACUCAUAGGAUAGCGUGCGCCGAGAUUAUAAAUAUGCUGGCUCAAGCGCUGGGCAUAUACGGAGGGGCCCACAUACUAAACACUACCCCGAUGUUCAAUGGGGGUCAACUGCACAACUACUCCGGUGUGUUCACAAUAGCGGGCACUACACUAUGCCUGGCCUUUAUAUGGGCGGCACUUAUGGUAGACAAGAAGCGGGACACCCGUGAGUGGGAGCGCCGGUUCGGCCGACACGGGGGCGACUCUGCGGACAGUUCUGCCGUCCAUCACAGCGUUGAGCACCGGGUGAACGCCCGGAUCAGACACUUUCUCGACAAAGACAUUGUGCAUCCGUUGAAGCGGUUGUUUAACAUCAAGAAUGGCCACAAAAUGUUGAUGUCUUUGGUUAAACGGCGGGAUAAUUACCUCCGCUUUCAGAUCCUAAUACUCUUCCUGUCUGUCAUCAGUUAUGUCUCAUCCAAUUUGGGUCCCAUUGUCUUUGGCCAACAGUUCUCGCAACGCGCCUAUCGCUGGACACCCGACCAAUACGUCACGGCUUUUACGCUCGGAUGUCUGGCCAUCGCCGGCGGGGCUGCCGCUAUCGGUCCCAUACUUCUGGGGCUGAGACUAAAAGACACACACCUGGCACUACUGGGUUUGGUCUCGUUUUUCUCGCUACACCUGAUCCGUGGUAUAGUGGUGUCACCCAAUGGUUACUACUACUCGCUAAUACCCGGGUGUUUGGGUCUGUACGCGAUAGUUGGCAUUCGGGCCCAUCUGUACAAACUGUUUAAGGAUCAUGAGUUGGGAAAAGUGUUGAGCUUUUUCGCCGCAACCGAAGCCACGACACCAUUGAUUGCGACCGAAGUUAUUAACAUUAUAUUUGAUGAGACGAUUGGCAAAAUGCAAGGCUUGCCAUUUAUCAUAAUAGCCGUUUUGCUCGUUAUACCCUUCAUGGUGAUCGUAUGGAUCGAUAAUUACACCAUAUUGCCACAUUUACAGCCCAGUGUUCAUAGUGGUGGUACUAAUAAUAAUGCAAUCGAUGUGAGUGAUUAUUACAAUUUAAAUUUAUGGCUAUACUUUACCAUACAUAGUGCUAAGUCUCUGGCAAUGCUAAUCCUAUCGACAAUGUUAAGUCUAUGAAAUUAUGGCGAUAGUCGUUAUUUAACGUCAGAUUGGCACCUUACAAGUGAUGCAUUGGAUAUCUGGUCAGAUACACAAUGGGUUUACUUCAUCCGGAUGACCGUUGGAAUGGAAGGUUGCUGGGAACUUGAUAAAGAAGUUCACGACACUCAUAGCAGUCAGGUGUCAACAACUAACGAACUGAAAGUAUCGGAUGAAAAACAGGUUAACGUUGCAGCAGAGACAUGCGUAAGUGUUACCUCUUACGUUACUUUUAUAAAGGGGUUACAAUUGCCGUACACGGCAACAGUUGAGGUGUCUAUUACCGGGUCUACAGGAAUACCUAUAGAAGCUGCUUUAGCACGAAAAUUGGGAGUUCUAUACUUUGGCGAUCGAGAGUGGUAUGGUGAUAAAGUGAUCACGUUUAACACGACUGGCGUAAUCACAGCUGGAUUUGGUAUUGAUUCAUAUACUGAGGUAAAGAAGGUGGGCACAUGUCCCACUGGUAGUUCACCCGUGUACUUUAACCAAACAGAACUCAACUAA